AAAAAGGAAAAGGCAGACAAAAAAUAAAUAGAAUGAAAAAUGGAGAAGCAAAAAUUUCCUUUUGAAAAGUUAAACCACUAUUUCCUAGUUUGGUUGACGUUAACUCCCCUAUUGGCUAUGGAGAAGUGGGCACGAGAGGGGUUAUGCUACACUAGGGGUGUCGCGAACAACCCUUAGCUUUCAGCGCCAUCUGCUCCUUGGUUAUUCACUGACAUGACAGUGACCGGCCACCCUCCGAGAUUCGUAUACAGUGUUUUGUGUAAUUGAGGCACUUUUAAAGUCCUCUGAAUUUCUUUGCAUUGUGCCUUAAAAGUCAAGUGACAGGCGUAUUUGUUUUAAAAGUGCAAACACGGACAGAUAAAGAAUGGACUGGAUCCUCUAUGGAGAAAUGAUCGGUAAUUGGCGAUGACAAGCUUGAUUUUGGAGAACGCAGAUUUGAACCGACUUUUUCCAAAAUGCCGGCCUAGAGGAGGGCCACCCCCGCUUCCAGGGGGUUCAACGCAAGCUGAUCAGCUGCAUGACCACCCUUGUCAUCCGGAGGUCAACUCCAUCAUUGACAUCUCAAGCGUUGCUACCAGCACCGCACCCUCCAAUUCCACGGUAUCGGAAGACAUGAUCGACCUUGAAAGAGAAACUUCCGACAGGUGCAGGAAACGAGCCAAUGGGAGGAAAAAAUCAGGUUCGCUGUCCCGUAGGACGGCGAGCAUGGUGCCUGGAUUCAUUGGUGAAGGACAACUUCCGUCUACAACUAAGGCAUCAUCCUCGAGUUCGUCAUCUGCCUCUGGGCGUAGUGAGGAUGCUCCAAAUUACGGAAGCCUGGCCGGAAGUGAUCAUCAGCCUCAGUCUCAACUCGAGGACAGUGGAACUGAAGAGAGUCCUAUAUACAUUCUCACAUCGACCAAGGAUGAUCGGAGCUAUAAACUCAGAGACUCUAGAAUAAUUGAAAUAGCCGGUGGUCGUGAGGUCUUUUCGCAGAGUCGUGCUAAAGUAGCGUCUCGAAAGUCACGCUAUCUCACAGCAUCGAAUUCAGUUCCAAACGAUGAAAUUUCAUCUGAAAAAUUAUCUGCAAAGAAGAACAACAAAUCUCCAAAUAGACAAAGUGUGUGGGAAUUAAGAAGUCGAUGCGGAGAAACUAAGAGACAUCGUAUGAAUCGAGAAGUAACCGAGACUGUGUUCUCAUCCGAAGUGCACUCUGUUCGUCGAAAUCCAGUGAAAUCAAUUCUUGAUUACGAUUCACCUAAAAGCAAUCGCAUAAUUAAUUAUGACUCAAUAUUAAAUAGCAAUAAUAUAGAGUAUGGUGUACCAAAAAGUAUUACCGAAUUGGAUUAUGGACUGACAAAAAAUUGUAUAGACUAUCAAUCGAAUCAUACAACACCAGCUAGAAGUAUGGCAAUUGUUAGCGAUGGAGAGGUCGUUGUAUUUGAUGACAUCGACGAUAAUUGGCAAGGUCUCAGAUUAGAUUUAGGAUCAACUAAUACAACUCAAAUCAAUAAUACAAAUUCUGAAUUGGGUGUCGAUGAUACACACAGGGGACGAAUACCUCCGGAACCACCUAGUUCUAGCGUUGGCAGUAGUCCAACGUUUCAUCAAAAUUCAUCUGAUUUUUUCAAGGUUGUAACACCAGCAAGUGAUUGCGAAGCACAUUCUCCUUCUCCUGAACGCAAUCACAAAGUUACCAGAGUAAUUGGCGAAUUACCUAUUGCACAAUAUUCCGAAAGUCCUCGACGUUAUGGAGUUCGUGAAAAUCCACGAUUACCAACCCUUUUAUCGUCACCUUCUGUUUACAUGACACCAAGACCAGGUUUUCCACAAAGAGUAUUACCAAACACGCCUAAUCAGAAAGAGAAAGAAGAUAAUUGCAAUGAGAGUUUAAAUAUACAAGAAUCUGUGAUAGAGUCGGCUGUUAUGCAUUCAGAGGAUCAAAAUACAAAUUCUUUAACGCCUUUAAAUAAAACAGAAGUCGACGAUAAGGAUGAUGAUCCUUUGACUACAUCUGUCUUACCAUCGGAAACAAUUAGCAGUCUUGUUUCACCAGGAGGCAGUACAUUCGAUUAUUUGUACGAAUUUUCCGAGACACGAAAAGUUCUCGAGGAAUUCUUCAAGUGUCCACCUCCAUCGGAAGAAAAGGAAAAUAAUACAGAUUCUUUUGCUUUUCAAGAUCUUGAUUAUGAACUGAGGAGACAAGGCGGUAGUUCCUAUGUUGGUCAACGGUUAGCAAGCGGACUUCCUAACGAGGAAGUAUUAGUUCACGAAUCUCCGAAAAAGCAAAAAUCAGACUAUCCUCAAACGACCAUCGAACAUGAAAGUAAUUUCCUGGAUUUAUCGAUGGGCACUGGAAGCAGUGAAGAUUUGGGAGAAACAGAAGUGGGAUUACAAGUUGGACAUUCUCGAAAUUUUACCCUAAGUCCAGAAACGACAGACUGCGAUAGCAAUUGUGGUGAUCUAGAUAGUGAAAUGUCCCUUAUGAUGAUGGACAAUGAAUUGUUGCCCGCUAGUGGAUUACUUGGAUCAGUGGGAGAUUUAGGAAAUAAUUCUGAUUCCCUAAGGAUAUAUACCAGUAUGCCUGUUCUCGAAGAUGGUCUCUCAAGUGGACACGCAAGCGAUACAGAUAACAACAAUCCCACUGUAAUGCUAAUGAAACGGCAAAUCAAUGAAAUUGAAAAGGAAAUAAUCCAAAGAACACGAAACGAUAUGCUAGGCACUGACAAUGAUACGGGAAAGGAUGUCAGUUUAAAUGUUACUAAAGAUAUUUUACAUACACUUAAAACAGCGUCACCUGAUUUAUUCGUGAAAAAAGAGAAUUCCUAUGACACUAGUGAAUUGCAAUUAGAUGGUUUAGAUCCAUUGGCAACUCCACCACCUCCAGCACCUCAGGGAAGGCAGAGUGUUAAUUUAGAAAUUGGAGGCGAGGUUGAAGCUGCUAUUAAGGAUAUUAAAAUGGCACUACAGAGAACUAAAAUACUACCCGCUAAAUCACCCUCUGAAGAUCAUUUGGAGUCGAGUGUGAGUCCCAUUUGGAUUCCAAGUUUACUCGAUGGCAGACGGAGAGUCUGCACAGAAACUAACAGCGAAGAUUCGGAAAUAAGAAGGGGUCUCGAGGAAAGAGAACUAGAGGUCGGCGAAGAAGGCGUCGAUGAAGAGGAGGCUGACACUGAUCUCGAAACGGAUCGCCUACUUGGUCAACAACGAACCGACGAUCAAGGAUUUUACGAUGACAAGGGGUGGAGGAAACCUAAGACUAGGACAAUGUUACCAUCAAUGAGUGCAAAAAUUGCAACUCCAAAGCAAACGCCUCCCAAAACCUUAAGUGUCACUCCUUUAGAACCAAUUGCACAAUCCGAACCGUUGCCAUCAACUUCGGCCUCUAUUUCCCCACCUCCCGUAGUAACAGUCAUUCAAUCAUCUCCUUCGGAACGCGAAAUAUCUUCCCCUACACAACCUACGUCGAGUCCACAGAAGACCCCGAUUAAAAACUCUCCCUCACCUCCCCAGAGCCACCAGGAAUCCAGCAGUAAGGUGAAAAAGGAUAAGGAGGGGAAGAAGAAGAGCAGAAACAAAGAAGCCCUGCUGAACGAUCCAUCAGUCCUAAUCGAGGGUGUUCUCUUUCGAGCGAGAUAUCUUGGAUCAACGCAAUUGGUCUGCGAAGGACAACCAACAAAAUCGACUCGCAUGUGCCAGGCGGAAGAGGCCGUCUCCAGGAUAAAGGAUGGGCCAGGGUCGAUGCAGGCUACGCUCUUAAACUAUGGGGGGACCCAAGGGUAUGAGCGCUGCAGCGUUGCGUCACAAGGAAGCCUUGAGGAAGAUGAAUGCGACUCAAGCGAGGAACUAAUAGGCAGUGCUUCCGCCUCCGGUGGCGGCCAACCGGAAACACAAACACAGACAGUUGGGGCUCAGCCUAAGCUGGCCCCAAUCAGUGGUUCGGUGGGCUCCACCACCGGGUCCACGACAGUUUUCAGACUUCAAUUUCUCGGGUCGGUUGAGGUGGAAGAGGAAGGGGGUCGCAAACGGCGAAAACGCCUAAAGAAGCACAUGGUGGAAGAGGCCGUCACUAAAAUAAAGGCUCUGGCGCCCGAUGGAGAGACGCAACCGAGUACGGAAGUUGAUCUGUUCAUAUCAACGGAGAAGAUAAUGGUAUUGAAUACGGAUUUAAAGGAGAUAAUGAUGGAUCAUGCACUGAGAACAAUAUCGUAUAUAGCUGACAUUGGAGAUUUGGUUGUUCUCAUGGCGCGAAGACGAUUUGUACCGCAUGAAAUGGAGGAAGCACCAAAAAUUAAUAGAACUCCAAAAAUGAUUUGUCACGUUUUUGAAAGUGAAGAAGCUCAGUUUAUUGCACAAAGUAUCGGACAAGCAUUUCAAGUGGCGUACAUGGAAUUUCUCAAGGCCAAUGGGAUUGAAGAUCAUAGUUUUGUCAAGGAAAUGGAUUAUCAAGAGGUGCUCAAUUCACAGGAAAUUUUUGGCGAUGAACUUCAAAUGUUUGCGAAAAAGGAAAUGCAGAAAGAGGUGGUGGUACCAAAGGCAAAAGGUGAAAUUCUAGGCGUAGUGAUAGUGGAAUCUGGUUGGGGCUCCAUGCUACCGACAGUGGUGAUAGCAAAUUUGGCACCGGCUGGUGCGGCCGCUCGCUGCGGGCAGCUAAACAUCGGCGAUCAAAUAAUUGCAAUCAAUGGGGUCUCGCUGGUCGGUUUGCCUCUUUCCACGUGUCAGACAUACAUAAAAAAUUCCAAGAACCAAACUGUCGUUAAGUUGACUGUCGUGCCGUGCGCGCCUGUUGUUGAAGUCAAAAUCAAGAGACCAGACACAAAAUAUCAGUUAGGAUUUAGUGUACAGAAUGGAGUUAUAUGUAGUUUACUAAGAGGAGGUAUCGCCGAACGGGGUGGCGUUCGAGUUGGUCAUAGAAUUAUUGAGAUAAAUAACCAGAGUGUUGUCGCAGUACCGCACGAAAAGAUUGUCAAUCUUUUGGCAACAUCCGUCGGCGAGAUUUUGAUGAAGACGAUGCCGACAUCAAUGUUUAGGCUGUUAACUGGCCAGGAAUCUCCGGUGUACAUAUAAGCGUUUACCUGGCCAAAACGAUAGUGAACAGACAAUACAUCUGCCAUCCACUACCGUACUCUAUAUAUAUAUAACUUCAUUGUACAAGUUGUUCCAC